AGCAGCAGCAGCAGCAGUAGUGGCAACAUGGCGGAGAGAGGUACUGCCACUCUUCUUGCCUUCGGGGCCAUUGUAGGAAUUUUGUUGUUAUGUGACUUUCUGCCUGUUGAUGGCACCGCUAAGGAGUCUCCUAAGAUGAAGUUAAACAACUUGAUGGGUCCCUCGCUGAGGUUCUUGUACUGCUACUCGUGAGGCUACAGGAAGGUGUUUGAGCAGUAUGCCAACAUCUUGCGUGAGAAAUACCCAGAAAUAUCCAUUCUAGGAGACAAUUAUCCACCUCCAGAUUGGAAACUCUGGCUUGCGCAGAUGCUGAGUGGUGCCAAACUCCUCUUUAUAGUCAUGAUUGUAGCUAACAUUAACAUGUGGGAGUGGCUUGGGCAGGAGACGCCUUCAUGGUGGACAUGGUUCACCACCAAUAAGAUUUAUGCGUGUAUGAUGGUAUUCUUCCUUUGUAAUGCUGUUGAGGGGCAACUGGUGUCAACAGGUGCAUUUGAAAUUACUUUUAAUGAUGUGCCUGUUUGGUCCAAACUGGAAACGGGUCGUAUUCCCCAGCCUCCAGAACUCUUCCAAAUCAUUGACAACCAUGUACGCUUCAACCAAAACACAAACACUUGGAGUGAUAACAUUUAAUCUAAGCUGAAAUUAAGGAAGCCAUCAGCACUAGAAGAAAGCCUUUGACCUGUGAUGCCUAGCCUCUUAAUUAGAAAAAUAUUUUGGAAAGAUCCAUUUGGCAUCUGGCUCUAAUGCUAUUUUAAUUAGCUCCUGGUUGUAAAUUAAGAGAUUUGUACGUUAUUUAAUAAAGACGUUAAAUAUGUAAGGAACUGAUCAUAGAACCUGUGCCCCUUGUCAUAUUUAUAUCAGACUCAUUACUCGAUGCUUCUGUCUAAACUGCAUACACUUUCUACGUAAUGAAGGCCACUGUUGAAAGCACAUGAGUGUUGACAUUGGCCGGAUGCUUUCUUGUAAAAAGUUUCUGCAGUAAAAUAGACAUUGAGUGUAAUGCUGACUUUUGAUAAUGCUGUAUGUAUCUUUUGUGUUUAUACAGUAAAAGUUUGUCAAAUAGAAAUAUUAUGUUUGGAUUAUUCAGAUGUUGAUAAUUUUCUUUAAGUACACUAUUUAUAUGUAUACUCAGACUAUUUGCUUUGUGUAGAUAAUGUAAAUUUUUUAAAGGUAUUUCAAAUGGUAUUUGAUUCUAACCAUGUCAGUAAAAUGAUUUAUAUUGUAUUGUAAAGUCUUGUUCCUAAAAUGAUGAGUGAAAAUAUAUAUCUAUAUGAAGAGUGUAACAUAAAUACCUAUUGAACUUGCUGGUGCAUAUAAAAAGCAUUAAAUUACUAGACAUUAUCACUUGUUAAUGUUAUUUAUAAUAGAGCUCCUAUGUUUAUCAAGAAAUUCUAUUUUGGACCUUUUAUCUUUAAUAGAUACUUUAGAUUUGUGAAGCACUAUAGAAUCCAAGUUCUCUAGUCUGCAGAAUUUCUUGUACAUUCCCUACAUUUUUCCUAUAAAAUACUACUGAAACAAAGUGGAACCACUAUUGGUUUCAUUACAGAUUUGUCUAUUUUCCACUGUAGACUUUUAAUUUUUUGUUAAUAAACCUUACUAUUAAAACAUGAAUGCUUUUCUAUUGCAACUAAACCUAUCUCACCAACUUUAUAUCAAGCCACUGUUGCAUGACCUGUACUUGGUUCUAUAGUAUACACGGAUUUGUGUACAUGUCAGAUGUGACAAGGCCAAGGCUUGCAACUGUUUUUGCUCAUUCAGUACAACUCUAGAAACAGUAUCCAGGUUUACUUUCUGUUUUGGAUAUUGCUUUGUGAACUGCAUUGAAUGAGUUAAGCUGCAUGGUCCUCACACACUGUGGCUUGGCCAUGUCUGUUAUAUAUGUUUAUUGUACAGUAUUCAAUUUUAAGAGCAAUUAUUUUAUUUAUAAUUAGCAAACAAUUUUGGAUUUUUCCAAUUUUAAUUAAAAAAAAUCUUGUCUA